AUGGACAGGCCAAUAAGCAAGUUAUUGGAGAAAUUGAAGCUAACAGACUCUGGCAGUGUGAAAUUCAACAGUUCAAAGAAGAAGCAUGACUCAAGCAGCAACUCAAACAACAGUAACGCCAACACUGUGUCCACGGGCAUCUCCCUGCCCUCAGCUCCGAGCGCCUCACCCUCUAGACCAGGACAGUUUUCUUUGCCCCCUGGAAUGACCACUGACUCCUCUGUCCCUGUGGCCAGAGGACCCCCUCAGCUCAUGACUCCUUCACAGAGCACCACCACCUUGCCUCUGGACACCGAGCCAUCGCUGCACCCCUGUACCCUGGCACAAGUGAGGCGGCGCUCCCCACAGCAGCGGGCCUCUUGUUACCUGGGCGAAGGUGUUGAUUCUCACAUGAGACGGGAGUCUGGUUUAGGCCCAGAGUGUGACCCUUUAGGCUCAAAGGCAUCACUAAAUCAAAGACGCUACUCCCUGGAGCUUCAGCAGUUGGUCAUGAGGCAGCAAUACUUGUCCCAGCCUCCUCCUCUGUCUGUGCCCCCAGUGCACCCCUCCACCUCUGGAUACAGCUCAUCCCCCAGGAGCCUGGGAGAGAUGGGAUAUCUCCCUGAGCCUGAGCGGCACAAGCGCUUUUCGUUACAAGAGGCUCUUUUCUAUAAACGACUAAGCACUGGCAGUGACCUAUGGGAAAGCACAAGGCCGGCGUCCCUGUCUCAUCCGCCACAGCGGCUGUCUGAGGUGAGCGGCGGUGUUGGAGGGGGCUUUUUCUAUCCGUCAGGACAAGCACUCAGCCCCUACUCCUCUCUGAGCCUUCAGGAGUCUGUGCUGGUCAGCCCAAGAUCCAGUUUUGCAUCCAGCACAGCAAGUGGCGGUGGUGGGGGCAGCCCCAUGGGCAGCCGCUGCAGCAGUAACAGAACUAGUGGCAUCAGCCUCGGCUACGACUCGCGCUACUCUUCCUCUGGUGGGCCUGGCCCACAGCAGUCCCCUUCUGUACCCACCGGCUCUGUGUGUGGAUAUGGACCCCCAGGUCGACCUGGUAUGACGCCUGUUGAGGCCUGGAGUCAGUACCUAGAUGCAGGAGUUCCCCCCAGCAGUCAGGACAGUCGGCAUUCGUACCCUCCUGCUGUUGGCAGUCCAGCUGCUGUGUGUUACCAGACUGGUCCAGAGUGGUGGGAUGAGAUUCAGGGCAAAGAAGGGCUUAGGGAGAGGGAUCGCUUCUCUGACCAACCAGGGACAAGAUAUCAAGAGGAGCUAACUAGACUCUUGAUCCGAGAUGCUGUGUUGGAAAGAGAGGGGCCCUCAGGUUCACUGAAAAUGGAGCAAUGUCCUCCUGCUAUUUCCAAGCCAAGUGUAACACAGGCCUCCACUGCAGUUCCAGCCAAAGCCCCAGAGGAUCCAGGCUCCACGGGGGCUAGAGAGGGGACAGAGAAUCGACAAGAGUACUUUGGGACUUGUGUGAAGUGUGGGAAAGGAGUGUAUGGGGCCGACAACGCCUGCCAAGCUCUGGAAAGUCUGUACCACACUCGCUGCUUCACCUGCGUCUCCUGUGGACGAACCUUGAGAAACAAGGACUUCUACAAUGUCAACGGCUCUGUGUACUGUAAAGAGGAUUACAUGUUUUCGGGAUUCCAAGCGGCUGCAGAGAAGUGUAGUGUGUGUGGUCACCUUAUUCUUGAACAGAUCCUGCAGGCUCUUGGAAACUCAUACCAUCCUGGUUGUUUCCGCUGCGUGGUUUGCUCCAAGGCUCUGGACGGCGUUCCUUUCACCGUGGAUCAACACAGCAACAUCUACUGUGUGGCAGAUUACAACAAAACGUUCGCGCCAAAGUGUGCUGCCUGUUUACAACCCAUCUUACCGUCUGAGGGCAGUGAAGAGAUCCUCAGGGUUGUGUCCAUGAACAAGGACUAUCACUUUGAGUGCUACCACUGUGAGGAGUGUGGUAAGCAGCUCUCUGAUAAACCUGGCUCCCAGUGCUUCCCGCUGGACUCACAUCUGCUGUGCCACUCCUGCCACAUGAGCAGAGUCUGCGUCCCUCAGAACAUUCCUCCUCCCAACGCACACUGA